CAUGACGCAGCGGCGUCAUCUCAGCUCAGCUUCUCAGUGACAGCCCGCGAUGCAUUGUGGGAGACCUCACAGCCCCGUGUGUUUAUUCCUCCACCUUUAACACGAAAUGUGUGUUUAAACACAUCUUUGAGCUGAGAUGUCCGCUCAGACGCAGAACAUUAAGACGUUCACUGAUUCAUAACUCACUCCGCCACCCCGUGUGACGUGAAACCGAACUAUGGAAGCCGCGGAAGGCUUGGCCUCAGCCUCUGCCUCCACCCCCGGGGGGGAGGAGCCAAACGGGGCGGGGCACCUCAUGGACUUCCUUGACGAGCCGUUCCCUGACGUGGGGACGUAUGAGGACUUCCAUACCAUCGACUGGCUCCGGGAGAAGUCCCGCGACACUGACCGCCACCGCAAGAUCACCAGCAAGAGCAAAGAGUCUAUGUGGGAGUUGAUCAAGAGCCUUCUGGACGCCUGGUCCGGCUGGGUGGUGAUGCUGCUGAUUGGCCUGCUCUCAGGCACACUCGCGGGGGUGAUCGACCUUGCGGUGGACUGGAUGACGGACCUGAAGGAGGGCGUCUGCCUCUCGGCCUUCUGGUACAGCCACGAGCAGUGCUGCUGGACCUCCAACCAGACCACCUUCGACGACCGCGACAAGUGCCCCGAGUGGCAGAAGUGGGCGGAGCUCAUGACCGGGACCUCCGAGGGGGCGGGGGCCUACCUGCUGAACUACCUGCUGUACGUCCUGUGGGCGCUGCUCUUCUCCUUCCUGGCCGUUUCGCUGGUCCGAGUCUUCGCUCCGUACGCCUGUGGCUCGGGGAUCCCAGAGAUCAAGACCAUCCUGAGCGGGUUCAUCAUCCGGGGCUACCUGGGGAAGUGGACGCUGCUCAUCAAGACAGUGACGCUGGUGCUGGCCGUGUCCUCGGGACUCAGCCUGGGGAAGGAGGGGCCGCUCGUCCACGUGGCCUGUUGCUGUGGCAACCUGUUCUGCAGCCUCUUCUCCAAGUACAGCAAGAACGAGGGCAAGCGCCGUGAGGUGCUCUCUGCAGCGGCGGCGGCGGGGGUCUCCGUGGCCUUCGGGGCGCCCAUAGGGGGGGUCCUCUUCAGCCUGGAGGAGGUGAGCUACUACUUCCCCCUGAAGACGCUGUGGCGCUCCUUCUUCGCGGCGCUGGUCGCUGCCUUCACGCUGCGUUCCAUCAACCCGUUCGGGAACAGCCGUUUGGUGCUGUUCUACGUGGAGUAUCACACGCCCUGGUACAUGGCGGAGCUGGUGCCCUUCAUCCUGCUGGGCGUGUUCGGUGGCCUCUGGGGGGCGCUGUUCAUCAGGGCCAACAUCGCCUGGUGCCGGCGCCGCAAGACCACGCGCCUUGGCCGCUACCCGGUGCUGGAGGUGGUGGGCGUGGCCGGCGUCACCGCCCUGCUGGCUUUCCCCAACCCCUACACGCGGCGCAGCACCUCAGAGCUGAUCUCGGAGCUGUUCAACGACUGCGGCGCCCUGGAGAGCUCGCAGCUCUGCGACUACGUCAACAGCCCCAACAUGAGCCGGCCGCUGGACGACAUCCCGGACCGGCCGGCCGGCCCGGGGGUCUACACGGCGCUCUGGCAGCUGGCACUGGCGCUGGUCUUCAAGGUGGUGGUCACCGUGUUCACCUUCGGCAUGAAGAUCCCGUCGGGGCUGUUCAUCCCCAGCAUGGCGGUGGGGGCCAUCGCGGGCCGCAUGGUGGGCAUCGCGGUGGAGCAGACGGCCUACCACCACCACGACUGGAUCAUCUUCAGGAACUGGUGCCGCCCCGGGGCCGACUGCGUCACGCCAGGGCUGUACGCCAUGGUGGGGGCCGCCGCCUGCCUGGGGGGCGUCACCCGUAUGACGGUCUCUCUGGUGGUCAUCAUGUUUGAGCUGACAGGGGGACUGGAGUACAUCGUCCCCCUCAUGGCGGCGGCCGUGACCUCCAAGUGGGUGGCGGACGCCUUUGGGAAGGAGGGAAUCUACGAGUCGCACAUCCAGCUCAACGGCUACCCCUACCUGGACGUCAGGGACGAGUUCAGCCACCGCACGCUGGCGGCGGACGUGAUGCGGCCGCGCCGCAGCGAGCCGCCGCUGGCCGUGCUGACGCAGGACGCCGACAGCGUGGAGGAGGUAGAGGCGCUCAUCAAGGGCACCGACUACAACGGCUUCCCCGUGGUGGUGUCCCGGGAGUCGGAGCGCCUCAUCGGCUUCGUAGGCCGCAGGGACCUCACGCUGGCCGUCAAGACGGCCCGUCAGAAGCAGGAGGGCGUGGUCAGCAGCUCGCUGGUGUUCUUCACGGAGGACCCGCCCCCGCUGCCGGACGACCCCCCUCCGCCCCUGAAGCUGCGCCGCAUCCUGAACCUCAGCCCCUUCACGGUCACCGACCACACGCCCAUGGAGACGGUGGUGGACAUCUUCAGGAAGCUGGGCCUCAGGCAGUGUCUGGUCACACGCAGCGGACGUCUCCUGGGGAUCAUCACCAAGAAGGACGUCCUCAGACACAUGGCCCAGAUGAUGGACCAGGACCCAGAGUCCAUCAUGUUCAACUAGUCCUACUGAGAGCUGCACUGCACCCCUGUAGUGGACUACACUGUACAAGAACUCAUCUAUACAUACACCUCCCUGUGGUCUGUCUCCCGUGAGAACGUCUCACUGUCUUUCGAAGUCUGUCUUUAAUUUGCUCUGAUCUGAAAGCGUAUCAACGGCGGGGUCGGCCGGGGGACUUGCCGGUGGAUCGGUCCACUGUGGUCGGUUUGAAGGGGUGUUCCCCUGUCAAAACGAGACGCUCCGUUUGAUUCUGUUCGCCAUAUUCACGACCUCCCACGGCAGACAUUGUACAGAUUUUUCCUCCAGUGCUCCGCAGCCCGAUCAUCGUCAUCGCCAUCCCCCCCCCCCGCUACAGUCUGGGUUGUCUUGUGAGUGACAUGCACAUGAAGGGUGAGGCUACUUCAGGUCCUUGCUGAUAUUGAAAUGCAGCGAUUAUAAUUGGCCGGUCUGGGACGGCUGUGGACCAAUGGACACAGCCCCCACCACGCUGGCUUCUGUCCUGAUGGUCGUUGGGCUUCCUGUUGACGUGUGUAUGUGAUUGGUCCUCCUGCUUCCUGGUUCUAGGUUCUAAGUGUUUGUUAAUUUAUUCGUGGCUCUUACUAAUGUUUGACUGAUAAACCUUCUGGUCGUAUUUAAAGUGUUUGAACUGAACCUAAACUACUUACCUGACCUCCCCUCAGUGGUUUAAGGGUAAGCGUAGCUUGUAGCGUCCGCUGUCUGUAGUUUUCCAUCACAGUCCCUAAGGCAUGUUACGUUUUAUAUGAAUUAACUGAGUGUAAAGGCACUGUCGUACUUCUGUUAGAUUAAAUAUUUAAACACUAAUGGCCGAGGAGAGGAACCCGUUUAUUGUUUUUGUUCAGACGUUGUGUUCUUUAGCUGAUCUGGUAAAUGAAGGAUAUCGUUUUGGACGUCCAGGAGUUGCACAUUGAACCGUUGAAGACCAGGAGCCCAAUGUACUUAUCACUCCUCAUGCUCCCUGUAGACGUUUAUUCCUGGUGGAGUUGAACUGUUAAUGGAGUAAGGGUUAACCUAACCCUAACCCCUAAGGUUAACUUAACACCCACCCUUAGCGAAGCCGAACCGUAAACCCUUAAAGAUCCCAUGGCAUGCUACUUUAUGGAUGCUUUAAUUUAGAUAUAAGUAGGCCCCAAACACAGUAUUUCAGGCAGCAUGUCGCAGUUCAUGUACUUCAGGGAGUCAAAGCCAAAGUUCCUUUCCCCCAAUUCCUUCUCAACAAUGGCUGAGACCCCAACUACAGUCUUGUUGUGGAAAUACAAGAGACGUCAAAGAACCGACGUGUUAUGUACCAUAACACCAACAGCAAGCACUUGCGCUAGAGCAUUGGUUCUCAAAGUGCGGCCCGCGGGCCAAUGGCGGCCCGCGGAAUCAUUCCUGGCGGCCCGCAAUGACAUACAUAAUUAUGUAAGUUAUAAAAAAAAAUAUAUAGAUAUAUAUAUAUAUAUUUUUUUUUUUUAUCAAUAUUAAUUUAAACCAAUAUAAAUAGAUAUAUAAAGAGAAAAUUUGACUCUCUCUAGCUUUCAAUUAAAUCCUUUUACAUUUUUUAGUUUUAAUCCGGCUGUACAUUACUUUGAAAGGGUGAACCUCAGUUUCAUGAUUUAGACCUCACUUGACCUCACUCCCAGAGGUCCACGGUGCGGGUGCAAUGUUUUUUUUCACCACUGGGAUGCUGACGGCGUUUCCCGCCAAAUUUUUUUUUCCUUUGGCGGCCCUCAGUCAAAUUUUGGGUUCCUAAAUUGGCCCUCACUUGUCAAAACUUUGAGAACCCCUGCGCUAGAGUGUGUGUUAUCACACUCACACACACAUCUGGCGCUCGCACGGUCGUGUCUCAUUGGUGGGCCAAAUUCUCUGGGCGGGCAAGGCAGAGAAAGGGGAGCUUAGAUCCUUUAUGACGACAUAAGAGAACACGUUCCAAAUCAGCGCGCUUGAGCGCUGAUUUGGAACGUACACCUAGUGCUUGUUUUACAGCGAACACAAGUUUUAGCCACUGGGGGACAAAAGGCUGGCUAGGGGAACUCAAGAAAACCUCAUAAAGUGAGAUUUUCAUGCCAUGGGACCUUUAAGGUUAACCAUUACCCUAAACCUAACCCUAAGGUUUAAACCUAACCCUAACCUUUUGGGUUAACCCUCACCCUAAGCCUAUCAUGCACCCAAACACGGUGGCGUUUGGGUUUCCCACUCUCCUCGAACUCCCACAACAAAUUCAGCGCAGCGAUGGUGGGGAUCUCAGCCAUGUUUGUGGAGCAAAAGAAAAGUAGCAGGGGGAAAUAAGUUUUGGGCGGGCUCAUCUAGCUCCGUAGGCGCGUUGAACUAUUUUUGUGACGCACAAUGAUCAAGCGUCAGGUUAGGCGCGUUACGCGUGUGUCUGACAUAUAGGGGACUAGUCUCUGUAGACGCAUACUGCAGCCAAUCAAAUCGCUUCCCGCUACAAAGCCGAUGUGUGGAUAUAAAUACAAAAUGGAUCCAGCAAAUGCGUGGAGUGCAUUUGCAUAACCGCGAUCCGAUUGGCGGAUUGACGGAUCCACCGCUGCCUGAAAACUUGACCUAUCUCAACUCUUUUACACAGGCCACGGAGCCGAAUGGACGGACGGACCCACAAUGCAUUUCGCGAGCGCCCCAUGCAAAGUCAAUGAGAUCCGUCGACGGACGGAGGUAGUGUGAACAAGCCCUUAAAGGUACGGCAACACUGAACGCGUUACACGCGUUAGAGGCGUAGAAAAUCUGCAUUUUUGCAUAGGGAACCAUUGGUUCACACGCUAAAGCAGCGCGUUAGAUGCGUUGUACGCACCUGAAUAACGCGCCCAACGCACCUACGCGUCUAAUGCACCUACGCACGGAAUUCAAAAUUGUUUACGCUCCUACGUGUGACACUUAGCCGCGAUAGCCAAUUAGUGCUCUGCAGCUGAUAUGGAGCGCCUGUAGUUGGUGUGACGGGAGAUCCUGGCACCAACCCGGGCUAGCAGGUUAUCAAACAUGGCCCCAGUCAACCGAAAAUACCGGUUGUGGCCAGUACCGCGGGAAGUAGGGGUGCUGGGGAUGCUGCAGCACCCCCUGUCUGAGACCCUGUUUUAUCACAGUCACAGAAAACGAUCAUUUCUAAAAACUCCGGCCAAAGUGGAGAUUUCUGAAAACGCCGGUUAUGUGUUGUCGUGUCAACGGGGAGAAACGGGAUUUUAGGUUCUGAAGCGUCACAUUAUGCACCAGGAAAUACUUAACGUCAUGUGAGCGCCCGCUGUACCGUAUUGGUCCGAACAUAAACACAAACCCCAUUGUAAGACGACCUAUAUUUGGAAAAAGGAUUUGAAGACCAGAUCUAGUUUUUAUAAAUAAAUAAAUUGUAUUAAUUGAAAUAAUAUACGAAAAUAGAAUAAAACACUGCAUUGCCACUAAACCGUAGUGCAAAUAGGCCGUACCAAAGACUAUUCCUGACACUCCUCUGCCCCGCUGUGUUCGCUCUGGCUGUGGUCGCUCCGCACUGUUUCGGCCCGUGGCAAAGUGAGUCAUCCUCGCUGCUGUCCAAGGCAUUUUGAGACGCAGCAUUUAUUUAAUGCUCAUAUGACCUAGUGCUGAAAAAAGUUAUAUGAAAAAGUGUGAGGGGAGCGGUGGUGCGCUAAACUUGUUCUGUGAGCAGCUGGAUGUGAACCAUGGUGUGAACAAAACGAUCGAUUUUCGACUGCGCGCAUGCACUGGUGUAAAUUGAGCUGCGCUGCUAUAUAUCUUUUUUAUCAAUGUAGCGAGUUGCGAGUCUAGUGCAGGCUGAGUUUUUUUUUUCCAGCACCCCCUGCUGAGAAUACGUUCCCGCGGCUAUGGUUGUGGCCGUACCUUUAGGGUUCACUCUAAACCAAACUCUUACCCUAAACUCAAGCCUUACCGUUAGGGCGCACUCACACUAGGCCAUCUGUACCGUGCCCAAGUCCGUUUCACACCCAUACCGUGCUCAAGUACGAUUGCCCCUGUCAAACCAAAAUUGUACCGGGAGCGAAAAUUGUGCCGCCUACGUAAUCCACGUCGAAACAUUACGUCAACGCGAUUGUCCGUUGCCAGGCAGGUUUCAAAAAAUGUUCGCGCUCAUCAAGGGUAGUGGUGUUGCUGCGCUUUCUCCACAGAGACAACGCAGCGAUAUGAUCAUGAGCAGUUAACUUCUAACUUGAGAGAAAGUGAAAUCCGCGAGCUGCUGAUCAUGUGAGAGCAGGUGAUGCAGUCGUAUUAAACAAAGACGUUGAAAGAUGGUGCGAUCUACGAGAGAGUCGCAGAGGAACUGUCCUGACGAGGCUUAAUUUUGUCGGGAUAAAAAACAAGUGGUUUUGCACUUGUAAAUAGUUAGUCGUGUUUGUAGCCUACACUCAGACGUGAACUUAUUCUUGCAUGCAGGUGUCUUCAUUCAUAUGAAAAAUAAAAACAUUCGGGAGUGUGCAAAUUAUUCUAGGUCUAGACUGUGAGCAGCCCCGCCUUCUCCAGUGAACCAAGAAAGCCCGCGCCGGGGCAAACGCGGUAUUUUUGAUCAAAAACUCAACUUCACUAUCGCACCAACAUGAACCGCUUGCCGUCAAGUUUAUUGUUUAAAGGGAAAGAAGGGUCGCAUGGACUAUACGUCAUCCAGCUCAGGUUGCGUAGCCGUGCGUGUGCGCGUGUCGGCUCAUUAGCAUCUGUACCGUGGCCUGAGUACACCUCUCCGAAGUGUGCUCAGGCCACAGAUUUGAACUGUACUUGAGUACUUUGAACUGGCCUAGUGUGAGUACGCCCUUAGGGUUUAACCUAACCCUUGGGGUUAACUCUAACCAUAACCAUAACUCUAACUCUAACCCUAAGUCUACGGUCAGAGGCGUUGUGAUCAACAUGUCAUUGACACUGAAUACCUGUUUUAAGUUGAAGAGCUUCAGGAUGUAUUUCUAUUUUAAGGGGGAAUCAAGAACACUGUUAAUAUAUCUCCAUUCUCCUCAUUCGGAUGAUAACUCUAAAUAUGUAAAAAAAAUACAUGCAUGGUACUCAUUUUGCACUUUUAUUUAGAAAUUUGUGAUUCGUAACACGUUAAGCAUCAUUAUUUGUUGAGGUUGAUCGAGAAUAAAGAUGGAUUUCUCUCUU